AUGUGGUCCACUAUUCUACUAUUCGCUGAUCCGAAACACAAGCCUAUUGUUCGGCCACAACAACAACAACAAGGACGACAAUUACUCUUCUUCCUUCUAUCCAUCCUCUUCUUCCUCCAAAUGACCCAUCUCUUCUUUUUAACAACCACAAACGCACUCGGAACUCCCCAAUGCGAAUGUACCAAUUAUCCCGAUCUUCAAAUCGUGGAUGAUGAUGAAUUAUCAAAUCAAUUGGCACACGUGAGAGAUCAAUUUAUGAAAACAGUGGCACUCAAAGAUAAAUUCACACGAUUGGAUGCGACCAUUCUAUUGCCCAUUGGAAAUGACACUAUGAAAUGGAGACGAGGAAGUGUCAAUCCAAGACAAUUGAGUUAUCCAGCAAGUUGUGUGAAAUUGGCGUAUUUAGUGAGCUCGAUGCAUUGGUGUAUGGCAGUUGCGAAAAGGAAUCGAGUGGAUUGUAUUGAGGAACAUACUCAUCCCAUGAUUACGUAUAGUGAUAAUUUAGAGACUGGAUUUGUGGUGGAUAUUAUAACGGAACAAGCAAAUAUUUAUGAUUUGAAUUCGGCAAAUGAUGUGAGAUUUAAAUCUUGGAUGGAAAAACGAAAUUUCACCAUGAGAUAUUUAUCCUCUGAAAAUUUAAUUGGAAAUCAAGUGUUUGUGUCCAAAACCUAUCCAACCAACAGUGGAGAAUGGCCCAUUGGUGCUGAAGAUGUUCAAAGAAAAGUGACAGGUGGUAAUGCGAUGGCUUCAUGUUGUGCAGCCUCUCUUGUAUUGCAUACCAUUUAUAGACUUCCAAAAGAGCAAUCUGACUAUGCAAAGAGAUUGUUGUACCAUAGAAGAUUUGAUGAUUGGAGUGCCAUUGCUCCUGGUCUUCCUCCUGGAACUCUCUUACACAACAAGAUUGGAAAUGCUUACAAUGACAUCAAUGACCUCGCUCACAUCACUCUCCCCAAUGGUCAAGUAUUGAUUUUAGCCGUCCUUUCGAAUGGCUAUCAACGACCCAGUGACACGACCAUUCUCUCACGUUUCAUGGAAAUGCUUCUCCAACGCUUGUCACUUGUUCAAAAUUUACCACCCAUUGUCACACUCACUACUGACAAUACCAAUUUAAUUCAAUUCAAUACACAAGAUGGAUGGAUGUAUGUCAAUAAUUCUCGUCUCGAAGAAGGUGUGGAUCGAAUUGGAAAUUCAUUUGUAUUUCUUCCCCCAUAUCCAAAAAAGGCAACUACCUUUUCAUGGAGUGUUAUUCUUCCAGAAGAUGGACUCUAUGAAGUCACAGUUUAUUCAUCCACUCUUUCCACUAGUUCAAGUUCACAAUACUCAGUGCCAUGUGUGGUGAAUUAUUAUCCAGUGGCCUCUUCCUCCGAUUAUUCAUAUCCCAUUCGUUUUUCAAGUUGGACUAAAAUUGGAGACUUUUUAUUGUAUCAAGGAUUGAAUAAGAAUGUGGUGCAAGUGCAAGUGCCUCAGAAUUAUCCAUAUCCAGUGGUGAUUAAUGCGAUCAAAUUUAGUAAAUAUCCCAAUCAAUAA